UGUCACGUGUCUUUUCCUAUGGCUAUGUGCAUUUGAUCCCGUUUUUCAUGUCAAUGUGUUUUUAUGGCAAAGGCAACAUAACCAUAAGACAACAGCUGUUCCGUCAAAUGAGAAGAGGGGGUCCUCUUGAAGCAAGACAUGUCAUAUCCAAGUUCUACGUCCAGCAAACAAUAGAAUGUAGCUUUCACUGCUUGGAUACGGCAUCGUGCACGGCUUUCAACGUCCGACAAGUGCCUGUCGUUGACAACUCGAAAGAAAAUUGUGAAAUUGCCAAUACAACUGAGGGAAAGAUGCAUGACCAUGGAUAUAAUGAUUAUCUAAUCGGCAAGGAUGGAAACUGGAUAUUGUACAAGGGAAUAGUAACUAUAUCAUCAUCCUCAAACCAAAAACAAUGCAAAGAAAACCACUGCAAAAAUGGGGGAGAAUGUUUUAAAACAAAUUGCAGCAGGUCAGACUGCUUUAGAUGUAAAUGUUCGCUCCAGUACACUGGCAAAUACUGCAAAAAAGCAAGAGUUUUCAAUUCAUGCAAGGAAAUAUUCCAUAUGCACAGUGAGGCAAAAAGCGGUAUUUACCAAAUCCGAUCAGAUUCCAAAUCCAAUUUCACGAAAGUUUACUGUGAAAUGACAUCAAUGAGCGACUGUCCCAAAGGGGGUUGGACUCUAAUGAUGAAAAUUAACGGUUCAAAGAAUACUUUCAAUUAUUCAUCCAAAUACUGGAGCAAUAAGAAGAGUUACAAUCCUACAGGUGGACAGACAGGCUUUGAAAAGGAAGAAACGAAGGUACGGUUGUAUAGCAGUUUACAAUUUAGAGAAAUGUGCCUUGGAAUGGAAGUGGACGGCCAGCGCAACUUCGUGUUCUUACAAUUAAACUCAUCUGCAAGUUCCUUGUACGAGUUGAUUAAAGAUGAAACUAACCGUCCUACGUAUCUUGGCGCUGAUAGAUGGAGAUCUCUUAUAAAAAACUCGUCAAUGCAAAGAUUUAUAUGUAAAGAAGGUUUCAACCUCCAGCGUGCUAAAAAAUGUGCAGAAUGCAGUCGAGUGAGGCUUGGAAUAAUUGGCAAUGAAUCGGGCGACUGUAAAACACCAGACUCUUUUAUUGGUUUUGGAGGGCAGAGCUAUUCGACAUGUGACGCCAAACUCCCAACGCUGGUAUCCUGUGGAAACGUCGCCCAAUGUUGGCCGGAUAAUGGAGUAAAAGAAAUUCAUGCAUUUGGUUAUAUUUUUGUGCGUUAGAACGUAAAUACAUGUCGUUGAUUAUUUUAUAACAAUAUUGCCGUUUAAAAAUUUACAGGGACUACAAAAUGUGAAAAAGGUAGGUAUAAGCGUAUCUGAGCAGAAAGAUUAUAACAUGUACAUCAUUGCAAAAACAAGCCACGAGUAAUUUUUAGCGAUAAAUGAAGGAACUAUGGAUAGAGGAAGGCCUGCCACCAUAUUGGACAUUGGACAGUUUAAUGAACAAUAAGUGAAUAGAAGCCAUAUAAACAUGAUCCGAGUAUUCGUAAUGUAAUUAUUACCAAUAGUUUGAGAUAUCACUUUCA